UGCUUCAUUUCUCACAGCCCUCGGAGGUGCCAGCAGCCCAGAUCCAUCCCCAGCUCCGUCCCAGGGACAUCACUGCUCACUAAUGUGGUCUUCUUGCAGGCGCCAGGAGUCCAGCUCCAGCACCAGCUCCUUCCGAGGGUCAUCACCAAUGAGUUCCUCAAUGUCGAGCAGUUCUGGGAGGCAGUACGAGAAGAUUCAGUUUCGACUGCACAAGAGCAUCCCUGGGCAUGGGAAGGUCUUCAGCUAUGUGGCAGGGAAAGAAAAGCAGCCUGGGGACAUCGUGCUCGUCCCCAUAGAUGACUGGGUCUCCCAUUACUCCUUCCUGAAACAUGCUGCUGUCUACCUUGGGGAUGGAGAGGUCAUUCACUUCCAGAGAGUGGAUGAUGAGAAUGACACUGGACUGGUCAGCAAGGACAGCUUCCAGGCCGCUAGAGAAGCAGGAGGGAAAUUCCAGAUUUGGCGGAAAAGAGGAGGGAUCAACCUCGGUGAGCUCCGUAGAAAAGUCCGGGAGGCGAUGAACAGCGAAACCAAGUAUUACACAGACACCAACAACUGCAUCCACUUUGUCCUCUGGCUUCUGGGCUUGGCAGACUUCUACAGGAAACCGGUGGAAAUGUCAGAUGAAGAGGGCAAUGAAGAGGCUUUGCAGGUGCAAAUCCCAAAGGAAGAAGGCAAACAAGAGGCCGUGAAGAGCAGUUCUGAGAGGAAGAAUGAGGCGAUUCAGUUUCUGAAGCACAAGAGAAUUGGUGGGAAGGUCUUCGAUGAUGUGCCAGAGAGGGAUAUCCAGCCUGGGGACAUCUUGAUCUUCCCCAUGAAGAUCAAUGCCUCCAUCUGCUGCGUCUUCAAACACGCAGCUGUCUACCUUGGGGAUGGAGAGGUCAUUCACUUCCAGGGACUGGCUGAUCGGACUAACACUGGAGUGGUCAGCAAGCAAGGCUUCCAUACCAUGAAAAAGGCAAGUGGGACAGUAAAUAUUUGGCGGAAAAGAGAUGGGAUCAAGGUCAGUGAAUUGCAUGGAAAAGUCUGGGAGGCGAUGAACAGCAAAUUCCAGUAUCACCCAGACACCAACAACUGCAUCCACUUUGCCCUCUGGCUUCUAACCUUGGAGAACUUCUACAUGCAACUGGUGGAAAUUUUAGAUGAGAAUAACAGAGGGAAGCCAUGACUGUCCCCAGUGUCAGACCUUCCAGACAGGGCUCAGGGGUGGUGAUCUGUGAUAUGAGAGACUGGCAACAGCCACAUCAGCCUGAGCAUGACCAGUCCUGACCAACAGAGGACCUCAGCAUUGCCCCAUGCACCCCAACACCUCAGCCCAGGGAAGGACCUUUGCUGAGGAGGAGCUGUUCCCUUCUGCUUGCUGCAGCUUCAUUGCCAUGCAUUCAUGAGGGGCUUCAUUCCUGCUCCCUCCAUUACAUGUCCCCAUUUCCCUCCACCAACAUCUACAAUGACAAUAAAGCAGAGAGCACAAGACAAUGCAGAAGGUACUGCCUGGGUGUCCUAGAGCAGACAACGUGUCCCCAGGCAGCUGGGCUGGGCUGGGCUGAGCUUGGGCUGCUGCCAGGAGCCCAGCCAGCUGCCCCAUGCCUGCCCUCCUCAGCUGC